ACUUACUUUGAUAAAAGUGAAUAUUUUUACAUUUUCAGCUUUCUAUUUCAAUAUCCCUACUUGCGUGCCACCCUAUUUUUACAAACUUUCAGAGUGGUGGUCAACUGACUAUAUUGUAUCCCUUCUAAACACAAAUUAGUUUUUUUCAACCAACUCAGAAUUGCUAUCUUUGAAAAUGCUAGAAGUAAAUCACUACCCUAAACAAUAAACACUGCAUUAUACUCCAUACCACUGAUUCCUUCAAACAACACAGUGUUAGCUUAACUCUGGCCUACUGUUUACCAAGGCAGCUAUUGCAAGGGAAAUACAGAUGCCACACUAGGGUAAAAAAUAAAAAUCUGAAAGAGGGAGGUCAGGAAAUAAUCCUUGUGUUACUGACCUCCUCAACCAUCAUAUCAUGCAACCAAAUGAGAAAACAAAGGAGAAGUGAAUGCAAAGACAGUUAUCAGCAGGGCGAUUCAGCAUGUACUUGGUCGAACAGUUUGCAAAGCCCUGCUGUGGAACAAUGCAUUAUACAAAUAUCCUACAAAGAGAAUUUUAAAUAGGUAUCUCAUUAGCACUGUAAUAUGGGAAGGCUGACUGAAUACAGCAGAGCCGUUAAUGUGAGUGGAGAAAUUCAACAUGAGACGGGGGAAAAACUUAAUUAGCACAUCCACAUUCUGCCCUGCUACCUAUAUAUUCUUCAUCUUAAACAGAGAAUAGAUCAAAACCGCUUUUCCACAUCAGGACCAGUCUGAGCACCAACAGUCGGGAUGUAUGGUCACGACAGAAAAUUUUUCAAUUUGAGGGAAUUAAUAACCAAACAACAUAAAGCUUUCAGAGCCAGUGCAGAAUCAACAUGAAUAUAUGCACUACAAUUAGCAGAACAGUGACAGCUUUGAAUAGUCAUUAUAUUAAAUCUGAUCAGCUACACAAUCUGACAACAGAAAGUACAACCAGCAACACUGGACUGCAAUAACAAAACCUAGGAUGGGGUGUAGCCCGAUGAAUAGUGUUGAUCAUUAGCGAAAUACAUAGAGACCAAGUGGAAAAUUUCAUCUAAUAGAUUAAAGUGAAGUAUUUAGAAGGUGGCAAGAAUAUUCAACUACUUCCAAUUAGCACAGGCAGAGGUGCACCAUAACUCACAGACAGUCUGAAUUCACAUGUAAAUGCACUAACUAGGACAGCAAUUUUACCAUGAACUGCUGGUUAUUUCACUUUCUUUGUAACAGCAACAUACUGCACACUUUUAGAUCUGAACUAGGUCCCUCACCGUUUACUGCAGGCCUCUCCCACUUUUCCCUCAUCUAUUUAAAGAAGGCACAUUAUCGUGACUGCAGAAGAAUGUUUUAACUAGACUGAUCGUCUUCUUUGUCCAGAAACUGUACUGUGUUUUCAAACUGUCCUGCUCUUUGGCUAUCUUAAAAACCUUUCAUGAAAUUCCGGAAAUUGUUUACUGAUGCUCUUUAUGAUAGCAGACACAUGAGUCACCAGGAACAAGACAAUUGUUGCUUAGUAAAUGCAGCUAUAUGUAGCUCAUCAUAAGCUACUCCCUGAAUACCUUUCCUAAAAGCCCCUAUUUUAGAGUUUAUCUCCUAUACCAACAUGAUACAUAAUCUCAGAUCCUCAUUUGCACUUAAAGGUAUUUCACAAAAGAGGUGUAUCUCUUCUAAAUGCUUGACAUACAGAGCCUGAUCAAAUCUUUGUUAUAAAAAAAACAUUUUUACAGAUAACUGCCAAUCUUGUAGCCAAAAUGUCAACUCCUGUUUGCUAUAUUCCUAAUAAGGAAUUCUUGCUUUGCACCUUUUAGCCCAGAAUGACUCCCUUUAGUACAGAUCAUGAGAAACAGGUAGUUAUCUGUUUAGCACACACCAUCCAGCUGCUGUUAGUUAUGAUUCUCUUCCUUCACAGUGAAAAAGCCUGUCUGAUUGAAGCUUUCAUGGAGGCCUUUUCUGUACUUUGAAAUUGACAUGCCCUGAAUUUAUUACUGAGAAUGAUGCAUUAUUCAUAACAACUGUGUUUACAUCAAUGAAUAUUCAUGAUGGAACUACAAGGCUGGAAUCAAGGUGGAACUGUACAACUGAUUAAAUGAGAAAAGUAGCUUAGCUGCGAGGAUGACAGAAUUAUUUCUCAUCUGCUCUUUAAGGAGCCCAGUUUAAUAAGUCACUUAUUGUUUUAUGUAACAGAGCCUAUUUCCAAACAGUGGAUAUAAUUUCACAAAAUGCUAACAAACAAACAAAAAAAACUGCAAUAUAUCACAUAGUUGUCUAUAAUAUGAUAUCAUUGUUACUGUGGUCAAAGUUACUCUGACAUUAGUAACAAUGCAACCAAGGUAUGAAUUUUGCAUAACAAUGCUACAAUCUAAAUCACCAGUAGGGUCUGGGACAGAAAGAUGAAUUUUAUUAUUAAAACAAGCCCUGUUCUGCCUUGCAAAGCUGAUUAAGUCUUCCUCAUCACUUUCCUCUCAAAACUCACAACUGCAAAGAAUUAGCCUACAGCAACAGACAGCAUGGUCAGAGCCAGUCACAACCACGUUUUUGAAAAUGGCUACACAGGGACUCUGGUGGAAAAGACAACUUUUCAUCUGACUUUUAUUUUGAGUCAAAAAUAAAAUUUGCUUUAUCAAGUAAUAAAAUCUUCUACUACAACAAACUUCAAACUCGUUUUUUGAAAACAAACUAAAUUGCAAACUGCACAGGGUAAAGAAAAAAGAAGCCAUCAAGCUGUGUCUUGCCCUGUCGUGAAACCUGCAGAGUGAAUAAUAAGAAAGCCCUGCCUGUUAUUAUUGUGGCCUUCCGGAAGUGGGCCUCACUACCCCUCCCUGUGCCUGGGGGGACACACAGGCAGGUUUAAUACAUGGAUUAUCAGAUCCGCGAUUGGCCCUCUGGUGACAUGUGACCUAUAGCCGCUGACUUAUUACCUGGAAGAGUCAAGUUCCCCUUCCCUGGAAGUUCAUCGUGAAUGUUAGCAAUGGCAACCAAGAAGCAGCUUGGAUGGCGAAAGCUAUUUCUGAUCCUCACAGUACUCCCCUGCUGCAGCAGCUUACAGGUUACUAUUCCAGAGACACAAUAUGAGGUCGGAAGAGGAGGCGAUAUUCAUUUGACCUGCUCCUUCAUCCCAGCCAGACCAAUCUCCGAGACACUCAUCGUCAGAUGGGAAGCUUAUCCUGACAAGAUUACUGAUCCACUGAAACCUGUGGCCAUCUAUUAUUCACAGACUUCAGUUGACAUUGCCCCAGCUUACGAAGGCAGAGCCGUUCUGGAGGUUGACAUUAACAAACAAGUGAGCACACUCCUCUUAAAAAAGGUGACCAUGCAGGACAACCGCCGUUACCAAUGCAGUGUCAUGAUUCCCCAGGAUGAUGAGGGAACAACAGCUGCCACCACUUCCCUUUUGGUCCUAGUGCCUCCUUCUGCACCACUCUGUAGGAUUCAGGGAACAGCAGAGUACUGGAACGACAUCACCCUCACAUGCAUGUCUGAGGAGGGAUCCCCAAAACCCACCUAUGAAUGGAAGCGCUUCAGCGUGGAAAACAGACUCACCGAAUUUCCACCUAAGACAACUGAAAAGGAUGGAGCUCUAUCACUCUUCAAUAUUUCAAGAGAGAUGUCUGGGUUCUACAUUUGCGCAUCAACAAAUCAGAUUGGUUCUUCCAGCUGCAACCUUACCCUAGCUGUGAUGCCCCCCAGUAUGAAUAUUGGGUCCAGUGCAGCUAUAAUUGGAGGAGUCAUUGCAGGUCUCCUGGUUCUGGGGAUUAUAAUAUUCUGUUGCUGCCGGAAGAAGAAUAAAAAGAACAAGUAUGCUGAGGGUUCCCCUGCAGAAAUGGAGUUUAAUGACAAAGAUGGUCCUGAAACUGGAGAGCAGUACUUUGAUGACAAGUCAAAGACAGAGCAGCACAGCCAGAAUGAAGACAGAGACAUUGCUCCUCAAAACAAUUACAGUAUAGGAACACCUGAACAUGUGUUAGAGGAUGAUCAACACAGUUUUAAUAGUGCUAAAGAAAAGCAUGAUGGCAAGGGAAGCAAUAUCGACUCGCAACCUUAUGAUGAACAUGGUCGAGGAAGUCGUGAUCACCUUGAUGAUAAAUGUAACAAUUACAGUGGAAGUAGGGAUCGCCUAGAUGAUCAGCGCGAUCGUUAUGGUGGCAGUCGGGAUCGGCUUGACGAUCAGCGCGACCGUUACGGUGGCAGUCGGGAUCGGCUUGACGAUCAACGCGACCGUUACGGUGGCAGUCGGGAUCGGCUUGACGAUCAACGCGACCGUUACGGUGGCAGUCGGGAUCGGCUUGACGAUCAUCGCGACCGUUACGGUGGCAGUCGGGAUCGUCUUGACGAUCAACGCGACCGUUACGGUGGCAGUCGGGAUCGGCUUGACGAUCAACGCGACCGUUACGGUGGCAGUCGGGAUCGGCUUGACGAUCAACGCGACCGUUACCGUGGCAGUCGGGAUCGGCUGGAUUACAUUGACCACCCUUAACCCACAGAAACUGAUAUGGAUAACCUCCUGUUACUGAACCUCUUUUAAUGCCCCUUCUUCUUUCUUUGAAUGCACUGAAAUAUAUUAUUAUUUGUUUCUGGUUUUGGCUUAUUGACCACAUGACAUCAAAAAGACACAGCAAAAUUAAAUUGUAAACUCUCAAAACCCAUACAUUUUUAAUGUUUGGGAUUAAAUUAGUAGAUAGUGGUGUGGCAAGCACAAACAUUGAAAGGGGUGUAAUUACUACAAAACUUUACAUGGUAAAUGUAGUUGAAGUAGCCUAUAUUUCCACAGUACUAAUUCAUCAGUACAGUAACAGUCUGCUGCUCCGAGUGUGUCUUCUUAAUUCCAGGCAUUUCUUCUUUGUUCUGCUUCUGAUCGAUGUAAAAUACUUUUGAGACUGUCCUCCAGUAAAAAAUGACUCUAUAUGUCAUUUGUGCCAGCAGUUUAUUACGAUCAAGUAAUCUAUGUGACAAAACAUAAUUAAACCAUGACAUAAUAAUAACAUUAUCUUAAUGGCAAUCUCGAUAUCGACGGAGUUCUGGUAUGUCUGCUGUCAUGUUUAUAGCUCUUUUCAAGAUGAAAUAAAAAAAAUUCUGGCAACACUAGUUGACUUGAUGGAAGGAUCUUCUUUAUGUUAUCAAUGCAUUUUAGCACAUGCCCUUCAGGGUAAUUUUCCAUGAUGACAAAAGCUUGCUGUUGCAACAUAUGUUACUAUUACUUUUUGUGAAAUUCUUGUAAUUCCCUCUGCCAUAGGAGUGCUAUUUCAGGAGAUGCUUGUAUGGGUUGUAUGAGAGGGAAGGGACAAGGGACCCUAUGGGCUGUAUAGGUUGGAGGACUUGUUGCUACAGUACUGUACCUUCAUCAAAACUCAACACUUUGUUUUUUCACAGUAAAAGCAUACAUAUUGAGGGAAUUUUAAUGUCAAGGUUCUGGAGGAAAUAUUGAAUAUAAUUCAUGAUAACUGUUUGGAGAAAAGGGCAAAGUGGAACACCUGGCAUGACUGACUGAGAGCAUCAGGGUACUCUUCCCGGACUGCCCCUCUGCAGUCCUCGGUCUCCUGGAAGUCAGACGGCCAACCAGACAGAGCCUCCGGCCGCAGCCGUGAAAGAGCUCUCUGCCCCUCUUUUUGCCUGGGUUUGUAAAGGAUUCUGGUCAGUAGUCUUUGCCCUCUCAUCCAACCAGAUGCCACAGUUUGCAAUUAAUACCUUAUUUGGCGUGCAAAGUCAUAUUCUUCUAAAGUAAUUUUUAAUGUCACAGCUCAAGUCUACUGCCCAUAACUGGCCUCCACCCCACUGUGAUCCAGCUUCGGACUCUAUUACUCUAUCAUCUUAAUGCUUAAUAAAGAUACAAGAAACUCACAUCUGACUGAAAUACCAAAAAUUCCAUCAUUGCUUUUAACAGAACA